UCUGUGGCUGUAAGCUGUUGUCAAAAAAGAAAAAUUUAUAAUAAUGGCGGAGAUCAUGUUGAUUGUCGUAAAUUAUUGACUGAUUUCAUCUAUUUUUUAUUUGUAUUUUGUACAUAAUUAGUGUUAAUCGCCUUAAUUUGUAUAGUGGCUGUUGCCAUAUCAUGCUUUCUUAUGUCGGGUUUAGCUAAAACUUCAGGUUUGGUCGAGGAGGGUGGCAAUCAAUCCAGAAAACGUUCUUUCUCGAGUGCCAGCACCGAGACGAAGGAGUAUUCAAGCACGCAGACAAAAAAAAACAAAAGCGAAAUGAGUGCAAACGAGAAGAAAUCUAACUUUUCGGUGCUAAGUCCGAACUCUAAUGGUACUGUGAAAACGGUUUCGUCUUCCUCCAUGAGCAAACCAGGAGCAACGACUAAGAAGUUGGUUAUAAAAAACUUCAAGAGUAAGCCAAAUCUUCCGGAAAACUACCAGGAGACAACAUGGAGCAAAUUAAAAGAGGCUGUCAUAGCCAUACAAACCUCAAAGGCAAUCGCCUAUUCCUUAGAAGAAUUGUAUCAGGCUGUAGAAAAUAUGUGUAGCCAUAAGAUGGCUUCACAGCUAUACGUCAACCUGACAAACCUAGUAGAGGCUCAUGUUAAGUCCAAUAUAGAACAGUUUCUGUCAGAGAGUAUGGACCGGCAAGUCUUCCUCAAGAGGAUAGACGACUGCUGGCGGGCCCACUGUCGCCAGAUGAUUAUGAUCAGGAGCAUCUUCCUGUACCUCGACCGCACUUAUGUGCUGCAGAAUCCUAGCAUACAUUCUAUAUGGGACAUGGGGCUAGACCUGUUCCGGCACCACAUUGCCAUGAACACGCUGAUCCAGACGCGCACCGUGGAUGGCCUGCUGCUGUUGAUCGAGCGCGAGCGCGGCGGCGACGCGGUGGAUAUCUCGUUGCUCAAGAGCCUGCUGCGGAUGCUGUCCGACUUGCAGAUCUACCAGGAUGCCUUUGAGCAGAAAUUCCUGUUGGCAACGGAGAGGCUAUACGCGGCAGAAGGCCAAAGGUUAAUGCGGGAACUGGCCGUCCCGCAGUACUUGGCGCAUGUGGAGAAACGACUGCGCGAAGAGAAUGAACGCUUGCUGCAUUACUUGGAUCCCUGUACCAAAUGGCAGCUAAUCCAUACAAUCGAGCGGCAGUUGCUCAGCGAGCACCUGUCAGGCAUCCUCAGCAAAGGCCUGGAGUCACUGAUGGACGGGCCGCGGCAGCAGGACCUCACCACAUUGUACAGCUUGUUCAGCCGAGUGAAGGACGGGCUUAACGAGCUGUGCAACCACUUCAAUGCCUAUAUCAAGAAAAAAGGUCGCACGAUAGUAAUCGAGCCAGAACGAGACAAGACCAUGGUAGCAGAACUGCUGGAAUUCAAGGAACAGCUGGACAACGUCGUGACCUCGUGCUUCCAGCGCAAUGACCGCUUCCUCUACUCCAUCCGCGAGGCCUUCGAGCACUUCAUCAACCAGCGCCAGAACAAGCCCGCUGAGCUCAUAGGGAACAACCCUAUUUAUUAUUUUCUAGCAAAAUUCGUCGACCUCAAGCUCCGUGCGGGCAACAAGGAGGCGACAGAAGAAGAACUAGAACGACUGCUAGACAAGAUUAUGGUGUUAUUCCGUUUUAUCCACGGCAAGGACGUGUUCGAAGCGUUCUAUAAGAAGGACUUGGCAAAGCGGCUGUUGGUUGGCAAGUCCGCCUCGGUGGACGCCGAGAAAUCCAUGCUUAGUAAAUUGAAGCAGGAGUGUGGUGGCGGCUUCACCUGCAAGUUGGAAGGCAUGUUCAAGGACAUGGAAUUGUCGAAGGAUAUCAAUAUUACGUAUAAGCAGCACCUAGCAGCAACCCAGGAGGGCGCUGGUCUGGACCUAUCAGUGUACAUCCUAACAAUGGGAUUCUGGCCCACAUACCCCCCAGUGGAGGUCCGGUUACCAGCGGAGCUCACUCGCCAUCAGGAGCAUUUCGCCAAGUUCUACCUGGCCAAGCAUUCGGGCAGGAAGCUGCAGUGGCAAGCCACGCUGGGACACUGCGUGCUUAGGGCGCACUUCGCACAGGGUAACAAAGAGCUGCAGGUGUCUCUAUUCCAAGCUCUAGUUCUACUGCUGUUCAAUGAUGGGGACAACCUUUCCUUUGAAGACAUUAAAACUGCCACCAAUAUAGAGGAAGGUGAGCUCCGUCGCACACUACAGUCUCUAGCCUGCGGCAAGGCGCGCGUGGUGACCAAAGUCCCGCGCGGCCGCGAUGUACAGGAUAAAGACCAGUUCUCCUUCAAUGGAGACUUCACCAACAAGCUGUUCCGCAUCAAAAUCAACCAGAUACAGAUGAAAGAGACGAGUGAAGAACAGAAAGCGACGGAAGAGCGCGUGUUCCAAGACCGACAGUACCAAAUCGAUGCGGCCAUAGUGCGCGUCAUGAAGAUGCGCAAGACGCUGUCCCACAACCUGCUCAUCUCUGAGCUCUACAACCAGCUCAAGUUCCCCGUCAAGCCUGCGGAUCUCAAGAAGCGCAUAGAGUCGCUAAUCGACCGAGACUACAUGGAGCGGGACAAGGACAACCCUAACCAGUACAACUAUGUCGCGUAAUACACACAUACCACAUACCAUAUGCCAAACACCACACGACUCGAAAAGGAAGUAAAGACACUGAACGUGUCAGAUUGGCCGUGUCAUAUAAAGCUUGGUAUGAACUAACGCAACACCACGUCACACUAUAAAUGCAGUGUUAGUAUUGUUACGUAGUGCUUUUGUGCGCACUGAACUACCGGGAACACUAUCCAUACUAAUAUUAUAAACUAUUAUAUAAUAUUUUCAAUUUCUAAAUCUCUAAUCUGGUCUGGAGUGAGGCUUCGGCCUUGGCUGGUGGCUACUAACUAUCCUACCGGCAAUGCUGUGCCGCCAAGCGAUUUAGUUUUCCGGUACGAGGACGUGUAGAAAUCAUAAAAACUGGCAUACCCCUUCGAGGUUAGCCCGCUUUCAUCUUACUCUUAUCAUCA